UGACAUCGGGCACCCUGAGCGGCUGUGUGGAGCCCGGCGGACGGGCUCUCAUGGACAUGAGAACUUCUCCAUCCCAUCCGGCUCUCAGCUGCCCACUGUACGAGGGCAGGGUUCUGCGGUCCCCCGCGGCGACCAGCAUCGGUCUCUGCAGCGGUGCCUACCCCAAGGGUCAAGCCUACUAUAAUACUUGUUCCAGCGAUGCAUCUGCCAUCUACUCCAGGAACCCACUCCAUUCCAAAGAAGGGUCCAUGCCUGCACAAACUGGGGCAUCUCAAGCCCCAGCCUACUAUCCUUAUGAGUACAGCUUCGGGCAGUACCCUGAUGACAGAUACGGGUACUCUUGCAGUGAUGGAGCGUCUCGCCGUAAGAACGCCACCCGGGAGACCACCAGCACGCUGAAGGCCUGGCUGCAGGAGCACCAGAAGAACCCCUACCCCACCAAGGGGGAGAAGAUCAUGCUGGCCAUCAUCACCAGGAUGACCCUCACGCAGGUGUCCACAUGGUUCGCCAACGCACGCAGGAGGCUGAAGAAGGAGAACAAGGUGACGUGGUCGCCGCGCGCCUGCAAGAGCUCAGAGGACCGGGGCGCUGACGAAGACAGCGACGCAGGGGAAGAGCAAAUUAAAAGUGAGCAGGAGGCCUGUGAUCCGAGUCUGGGCGAUCUGCAGAGCGACCCGGAGGAUUUUGACCGGCUGGAGUCCGACGGAUCAGAGAGCGAACCAAAGACAGACUAUGUCCCAGACGGAGGCGGGACAGGAACCCCCCUGGCCGAGCUCUCGCACAGCAGGCAGCCCGUCGCCAGUGACUCGGACACGACGCGCGGGAAACACAGGAUUCCCUCGGACUGCCCCGGCCUGACCACGGCCCACCCCCAGAGCAGCGCCUUCUACCCCCUGGUGGACCUCCCCGUCUCCUCCGAGGCCACGCUGAAGAUCUGGUCUAUUGCUCGCCAGGCUGCGUCUUUACAGCCGGAGUACUCCCCCUGCAUGCUGGCGUGUCCCUCCUCCCCGGGCUAUCCCGCCAGCAUGGGGCUGACUGCCCCCGCAGCCUCUCCCGGCACGAGGCAUGACUCACCAGUGGCCACGCUCAGAGAUUGGGUGGACGGCGUUUUCCACGACGGUCUGUUCCAACAGCGAGCUCCUCACCAGGCACUGGCCGAGUCGGAGGGGACGGCGGUGUGGGAGGGGCUUAGUUAUGGACAGACGGACAGCAGGGCGGCGGGACACUCCUAUUGAUUUCCGGUGAAAACUCUUCUUUUUUUUCAGAGACUUACAGACUUCUGUGUCACUCGAAUGGGCACUUUGUUGUUAUCUGUUUGAAGCGACAUUAAUGUUGAGGGAAUGAUGUGUUAGAUACACUUGGAUAGGCCCUAUCCCUCUUCAUACAUAGAAGAGACACUGCGUUAUUAAUUCUAAACUGCUGCAGAGAUUGUUCUUACUUUUUGAAGAGUGUUGAUGAAGAAAAUAAAUAGCAUUUCACUUGACACUUGCACUAUACAGUAUCUUGCACAAGCACUGAGUCACAAGAAUAAAACGUGUAUUCGAGAGCAUGACGUUUUUCGCUCCGUGCCUUCACGUGGUAGCUAGGUGCUGGAUAUGUGCUUCUGAUGCAUGAGAUCCAUUCAGACCCUGCAGGUCCAGUUAGAGGAGAUUUUGUUGUGGUUGUGGGUAUACGUGUAUUUGUUUGUGUGCGGAUGUGCAAUUGUGUGUGUGUGUGUGUGUGUGUG